AUGAAUUCAACAUUAAGGAUAAAAAAAGAGCUAAAAUGUCUCUAAGAUGAACCUUUAGAUGGAUUCAUAAUUAAUCCAUUGGAUGAAAAUAAUUUAUUCCAUUGGAAAAUUAGUUUCUCUGGCCCUUUAGGUUCAUCUUAUGAGAAAGGAGUUUUUCAUCUUGAUUUACAAUUUCCUGAAGAUUAUCCUUUAAAGCCUCCAAAAAUAGUAUUUCUAACUUAAAUUUAUCAUUUAAAUAUUGAUUAUAAGACUGGAUCUAUUUGCUUGGAAAUACUGAGAAAUAAUUGGUCUCAAAACUUAACAGUGAGAAAUUGUAAUAAUUUUGAGUAAUUUUAGUACUUCUAAGUAUUCUAGCUUUGCUUUUUGAUCCAAAUCCUAACAGUCCUCUAAAUGAUGAGAUUAAUAGUAUCUUUAAAACUGAUAAAAAAUUGUAUUAUUAAAAAGCUGAGGAAUGGACUGAAAAAUUCGCUAAAUGA